CGAGUCAUAAGACAAUACACCAAGUUGCGGGCUUUAUUGUGGGUGAUUGGUUAAUGGCUUGUUGCAUGUCUAUUGUAAUAGCAAGGGCGUGAGGAUGACUAUCUCCUAGUAUAGUAAGUUGAGUUUGUAUGAUGUGUGAUAUGAAGAGAACAUCACCAGGAAGAGGAAGGGAAGAGACUUGGAUCGAUCGACGACAUAGGAAAAGGAAGGAAGCAGAAGCAGAGAUGGAUUUCAUCAGCACGUUGCCUGCAGAGUGCAUCUCCCACAUCGUUUCCUGUACAACCCCUCUGGAUGCGUGCAGAUCAUCCCUGGUCUCUUCCCUCUUUCGAAUUGCUGCGGAUUCUGAUAUCGUGUGGGAGAGAUUUCUUCCCCAAGACCAAGAUUAUAAGGAAAUCAUUUCCACUUCUCCCAACUCCUUGUCCAAGAAGGAUCUCUACUUUCAUCUUUGCAAACACCGCAUCAUCAGAGGCAAUGGUAACAUGAUCACGGCAUUACAAAAGCAGAGUGGCAAAAGAAGUUAUAUGCUAGGGGCAAGAGAGCUUACAGUUAUAUUGGAAGAUACGCCAAAAUGUUGGCAAUGGAUAUCUAUACCAGAGUCUAGGUUUUCCCAAGUGUCUAAGCUCAAUUAUAUAUCCUGGCUUGACAUCAAGGGAUACAUAGAGACUAAAAACUUGUCCCCGAGAACAACCUAUGCAGCGUAUUUUGUCUAUCUACUCACAUCAGAACACGUUACAUGGACACCAAAAUUUCCCAUUACUUCGCGUGUCGCUUAUGAAAAAAGCGCAGUUGCGGUUGAACAUAGUCUGAUCCUAGACCCUCUAUCUUAUGGAGGCCGCCGUAGUGUGACACUAUACCCUCUAACUUUUGAAGGUAGAGUUGGUCCGCAAGCUCGAUACAGACUUGAUGGGUGGAUUGAGAUUGAGAUGGGUGAGUUCGUCACUGAAGAAGAUAAUGCUACUGUAGUGUGUAGUUUAAUGGAAACUAGUAGUUUCUGUAAGAGAGGCAUCAUUGUGGAAGGCAUUGAGCUUAGGCCCAAACAAUGAAGGAUUGAUUCAUUGUAGAAGGCAUUGAGCUUAACUGAGACUCUGCAUUUCAUUUAACAUUCAUUCAAAAUAAUCUUCGUUGCUCAUCCAA